GGAAUGAUGAGCUUCCCUAGUUUAGUUACUUCAAUUCCCGUUUUUCCGUCCUGUUUCUUUCUUUGGAUUUCUUUACCAUUUCUCGCCCUUUGGUCUCACUGAUUAACUCCACCUCUUGGAAAAAAAUGCCUCUCUCUUCUUUCUCUCUAACGGACAUAUUCUCUGAACCUGCUAACGGUUCCUUUUCCGUCCCCCUUGCUGGGACUCCUCCAGCUCUUGCAAAGAGCAAUCUAUUGACCAAAUCUCACAACAACAAGUUUCCCUAUCCACCUGCACAACACAAAGAAGUUGUUAGUAUCAUAAAUCCAGAGGCAGGGAAGAUUCUAAUGCUGAUUGGACUUCUCGGUGAAGAAAAAACAGAUGGAGUUAAGAUGAGGGAAGUUUGGAAACCUCCAGAUGGCGGCAAUAAAGGCUCUCCCAGCCAAAAAAAAAGGAAGGAGAAGUAGAUGGGAAGAGGGGAAAUCAGUAGCUAAAGAUCUGGAAGGUGACUUUGCCAUCCACCUCGAGCAGAAUGGAGGCUACAUUGAGCCAAGAGCCUCUGUUUUGUCAGGUAAAAAACAGGGGAAAGCUCUACCUAGUCCCCUGAUGAAUACAAAAGCGAUUGACAAGAAAGGAAGCUACCGCAUUCAAGAGGGAAGAGAGGUGAACAAGGAGGGGAAAGGCUUUAAAGGGAGGAGGAAGAGGGGAGGAGAAGAUUGUACUCACCUUUCUAGUAGCACUGCUUAUUCCCCCUGGCUUUGGCUAGUCUCAAUACCCACCUAUAGCAGAGGAAAAAUCACUCUACCGCAAACCAAACUUCAAAACUUGCUGCUGUGCACUAAGAUGGAGCCCAUCAACAAUGAAGCAAUCACCAACCAGGGGAGAGGAAGCCUCGUCCAGUCGCAAACCAGGGGCAGAGGGGGACGCCUUGUCCUGUCCUCAACUGGAGGGAGAGGGAUGUCCAUGCUGCUGGGGAAGAUGCUGACAGAGAGCAAGGUUGCAGUGGCAAAAGCGGCUGGAGCGGCUCGUUACGCGUGGGGCUGCUACGGGGAGGUGAACAUUCAACCAACAGAAACCCAAAACCUGUUCCUGUUCACCUUCAAGAGCAGGGAGAUUAGAGAUAAAAUUUGGGAGGAGAGGCCCUGGAGCUUGUCGAACACUAUGACGGCGAUCGAGAAGUACAGCGGAAGAGGGAAGCCCGAGGAUGUUCCGAUUGAAAAGAUGGCGAUGUGGGUUCAGAUCCAUGGCCUGCAUCAAAAUCAAAGGAGUGAGGAGAACAUGGUGGCAAUCGGAUCAAGUUACUUCAUGGAGCUGUUGGAUAUUGACAGAGCAAGCCUGGAAUUUACCGGGUACAGGAGAUUCCUUCGCAUUCUUGUGGAAGUCGAUAUCAGGGAACCCGUCCCAGUAGGUUUCGAUUUCCCCUUUCUGGAUGAAUUCACAGGAGUUGAGCACUGCGACGAGAUUGAAUUCAAAUAUGAGAGAUUGGUGGAGCUUUGUUACUUCUGUGGCAAAGUUGGCCAUAACUGGCCAACAUGUAGAGCUAUGAAUGAGGAAAGGAGGCAGAAGGGAGUGGCUUACCUGUCCGAAAUCUACACUGCCUCGCUGAAGGCGGGGAUCGAUUCGCCACGAAGAAGCUCCGCGGCUCAGGUCAGGAGCAGGGGAGAAGGAAGAGGAAGCUAUCGGGGGAAUGAAGCAGGGGAAAGCAAUUCUGUGGCGGAGAGGGGCAGUACAGCAGGGGGGAUGCAGUUAAUCCCACCGGGUUUCAUGAUUCAACGCGUGGAGGAAGGGCAAAUCGAAACGGAGGAUCAGGGGCUAUUGGGUAGGCAGAGGGGAAGGUACAGGGAAGGGAUGGGAGGAAGGGAUAUCUCCAUCGACCUUGAAAAGGCGGCGGAAGAGCUAGAAUGGGGUCUGAGAUUGGGAGAGGGCGGCGGAGGGUGGGAAGCUGGAAACCAGAGAAGGGGAGUGGGGUUGGGCCAGGGAAGUGGGGAGGGGGAAGUGCAAACAGCACUCUCCCUUGGGCCGGUGAUCCAGGAAACAGGUGGGAAGACCCACGGUCAGCUGAACAAGGGCGGUCUUGAGAAGGCCCAGGGUAAAGUAAUAAGUGGCGGAUCGGGCCUAUAUCAGCAUGCAGAGGAAGAACUGGAGGAAGAAAUGGGCCGGGCCAGAAAGAAAAGGAAGGGGACUAACAGGCUGGAGUUGGCUGGGCCCAUUAUUUCUGAGGGUGCAGUUUUUAUGGGAGGGCAAGAAGGAAAGAAUAGAAAGAAGAAAGGUAUUAGAGGAAAAAAGGGUGCUCAAAGAGUGACGAGAUCGGAGGAGGUGGCGGAUUGUCAGGAAGAUGACUCAAGGGCAGCGGUGGUUCGCCAGAAGCCACCUCAUCCAGAAUGAGUAUAGUAAGUUGGAAUUGUAGGGGGUUUGGCCCUCCCCUUACAAGAAGUUAUGCGAAGCGUCUAUGUAGGCGUUUAGGCCCGUCUAUUGUUUUUCUUAUGGAAACUAGCAAAAAUGAGGUUUUCAUGGAAGAACAAAGAAGAAGUCUCAAAAUUUUCCCCAAUAGAGAGUAUGUUGAACC